CCCGCCCAUGUGACUGAAUGGCUCGCGAUGGCGCUGCCGCGGCUGCUGCUGCUGGAGCUCGCGCUCUACGCCUGCUGCUUCAUCUGCGGGAUCAUCACCGCCGCUUCAGUCACAAUUUCUCAGGGUGAUUUUGAAGGGAGGUGUAUGCUGUAUGGCGCUGUGCACUUGAAUGGUUCAGACUUCACCGUAAGCCAAUCCAGCUCUCCCUCAAUCUGUUAUUUUGUGUCUGCCAUCUCCGUGUGCGUGGCCAUCUUCUGCUUCUCCUCCCUCCUCUACUGGGUCUACACAAGCUGCAUAGACGGAGACAUUAAAAGAGAGCGUAUAUGGAUGAAUUUGUCUUUGGUUGUGUGCGGAGUCUUCCUCUUCUUCCUCCUGGUGACGGGGUGUAUCCUGAAAGUGGGCCGAGACAGACUGUGUGAAUCGGUGCUCCAUGAAGGACGAAACAUAACAAAGUGUGAUGAAGCACAAAGUAAGCCGUGGGCAAAGCCUCUGAAUGGGAACAGUUUCUACUCCAGACUGCACAGUGCUGAGACGGCAGUGUGGGUGAAUUUCUUCUGCUGGAUGAUCAUCGCUGUUCUGGUGGUCCUGCAGCGUAGGGGGGGCUCUGAAUGCAGGUCACGGGAAGAGGACCCUGGGGCCAGUUCUUCUGAAACUGAGCCUUUCUUCAACCGCCCAGGACACCCUCAGUGAACACACACCCGCACCGAAACAUCAAUUAUGUGAACCAAACACACACACACUCACACACACUGAUUACUCACAGAAAUGGAUGAAUACAGACACAUAUUCAGACACAGUACCGGUGGCUAGCUGAAGGAACAAGCUUUUGGCUACACCGGUCAGUGCCUUUAGUUUUGCUCACUAGCGGUAUCAAGGCUUUGUUGCCAUGGUUACUGAUCUGCGAUUGGCAACAGUAGCCUGGCAGUUACGAGGGUGUGGUGGCCAGAUUGGUCUCUCUGACCUGCGCUGAUUUAGACACAGCUCAAACAGCUCAAAUUUGACUGGAUUAUUGACUAGACUCUCUUAUAUGCACAUGUCGGUGUACACAUAUCACAUCUCUUGUUGGCUUUGACUCUCUGAAAAAUGCCUGUGAUGUGUUAACAUUUCAGAGAUGUUUUUUUUUUUUGACAGUGUUGUAAAUGGAAUAUAUAACUGAAUGGAAAUAAGUGUUAUGAGAUUUACCUUAUAUUAUAUGUUAUAUUUGCUUUGCUGGAACUUUUAAAGUAGUUUUUUUGUGAGGACUUGUGUGUUUGUACAACAUUAGCUCCCCCUGCUGUCUGCUUUUAUUACUUGCUGUAUUGAAAUACUAUAUCUACACUUGGGCCUCUGUUUUGGCUUUAUUUCACCGUUUUGUGCUACUUUUCAGUUACAUUCCUGACUCUGAGAGUGUGUAGACUCAGACUUUAUUGUCUUUAACUAAAAGAAUGUUUGGGAGUGAAUAGGUGCAUCUGAAAGUGCUUGAGUGGCAGUAUUUUGUUUGGUUAGUGAUGUCAUUUGUGAUGGGACUGUCCUACACGCACACAAGGACUGCAGAAAUGUGUGUGCAUGUGGAACACCACAGUUUGGGCUGACAGGGUCAUAAAUCUACCCAUAGGCUUAUGAUAAGACCUGUCUGGUGUGGGCUAGGUGCCAAAAUCAUGCUGCUGUCCACAGCAGUAAAGUACUCAAAGACACAGUGUCCUUCCUGUUGUCCUCCCACACAAAGACAGGCUCUGCUUUAUCUGUUUAGUGCCUUAUUACCAAUAUACUCUUACAUCAGUGUCUUCCUUUCUGUUACCAUCCUGAUUUACAUACUUCAUCUCUCUUCAUCGUCCCAUAUUGUUCUAUGCAAUAUGUCACAUUUCCAUGUGUUCUGGGGGAAAAGCUAUAUAUAUUGUAUUAUUAGUUAACAUUCUUUCUGCACUGAUUUUUAUUAAAUGAAAAUGUUAAAUCUUAA